CUGUUACCCGCCGCCACUGAUAGAAAACAAGGUUGCGCAUUCGGGCCGUGUGACAAACGGCAGCGAAUUGUCCUGUCCCGAAAGCCGCACCGUCAUAUGGCAAGAAGGCAGGGACCACCAAGGAGGGGUCCGAUGGCAGGAGCGUGACAAGCAGCGAAGGAAUUUAGACGCCCGAAGGACUGGACUCGCAAAUCUUGACAAUUCCUUGGACUUCCUUUUUGCAAACAUCUUACGAAUGACUCGACACAUCACCAUGUUGCCGCCCAUUAGUGCUUGAUCUGCGUGCGCUUUUCUUUCGCAUGUCGUGUUUCGCCUCUCGUUCAACCACCACCACACUCGCUUUUCACUUGCCCACCAAGUAAUCAUCCAACAAGACUAAACUAAUCACCCAUCAUGUUCGGUGGUUUCGGUGCUGCGAGUAAUUACGCCAGCUACAUCGAUCCCUUCAAAGAACGACCGCAACCCGAUCCUCCGACACACGUCGGCCUGCCCAAUUAUGCCAGACAAGAGCCGUUAAGGAUCAGAGACUGGCAUGAUGAGUCCGACCGCCCUGACCUGCGUCGCGACUUCGUCCAGUCGCGAAGGGUGUCGGACAUCACUGCGAAGUUCUAUACCGACUUGAAUGUCCGCUUUGCGGUACCUUGUCCCGUCGACAAUCUGGUUCCGACAGACAGCGAAGGUCGCCCAUACAUGCCUUCCGACGAUGAAGACCUGAACCCCACUAUGGCCGACAACACCAAUUAUAAUCAGGGCAACUUCGUCACCCGACUAGUCGAGCUGAAGACAAAUAACGACAUCGCAUACCGUACCGUAACGCGCACGAAUCUACCCCAAGGCCUGAACAAGAUCCGCUUAGGUGACUUCCGUACCUUUUUCACCGCACUGCAAAGCAUGAGCGAGCAUUGGGAGACUGAUCUGGACGACUACUUUGUCUUGGAUGACGAUGGCAAGAGCGUUCGCGAAGAAGACCACCCAGAGUUUGCCGAUCCGGAUAUGAUGAUUGAUGUGCGAAACUUGGAGGAACCCGUCGAGCUUCCUCCCUCUGCUCCCCUAACAUAUAGCGAACUCGUCGCACGAGACCAGGAAUCUCCCCCCCUCUCGAAGAUGAUCUCUCAUGGCUCCGACGCCUCUUCCGACGACUUCCUCCGGGAGCUGUAUCGUGGCAGACGCACCUCGACCGGAAGUAAGAUGCCCUGGGUAUACCGCAUGGAUGUCAUCAAAGGUUUCAUGGAAGCUGCCGCAUUCCCUUUUCGCUGCAAGAUCGGCUCGCCGCGCGUACAUCCGACUUUACUGUUGAGUGGUGUACGUCUGCCUGUCAACUACCAGUCAUUCUUGGUGCAUCGCGUACCGAAAGAGAAGGAAAAGAGACACAUGUUACAAGGACCGCUCAUGGCAGCAUACGUGCGCAAAGAGCAUGAAGAUUUUGAUGCUGGAUCAGACGACGAAAAACGGGACAAGUUGCGAUUGGACCAGUUGAAAGAAAUUGGCAGUCUAUUACACCUCGCGCAAGAGAGGCGUCGAGAAGGACGUAAAGAGAAGAUCUGGUCAAAGCCUGCUCCCAAAAGUGGGAAAUACUGGUUUAGCGAAAUGGCAUCGGAUGCAGCAGAACCGGAGACACCGGAUAUGGACGAUGCCAAUGAUCUUAUCGCGGCAGCUUUGGGCAAGGAAGCUGCUGCUCACUUCGCGAACGGAAAGAAGAAGAAGAGAACGCAAUACGAAACUUGGAAGGCCAUGGAGCCGAUGCGAAGCUUCUGGGAUCCUCAUAGCGAGUACCAAGCCAUCGGCAAGGACCACGACAGCGAUUGGGAUACGGUAUAUGUGCUUUCCAGCAUGUACUAUCACGUCUCAAUCCUCAAGCUUCGAGUCCAUGGAGCCUACCUCGAUUUCGUGGCUACCGGCAAGUUCCCAGAGACUCUGCCCGAGGACAAGGAUUGGUGUCAUCCUGUCUUGCAACGGUCUAAGUGGUUCGACCUGUUCAAUGUCAACGACAGGAUAGAGGCAUUCCGCUGUCUCUGGGGCAUCAUGUGCUAUUUGACACGGUGACACAUCUACAGAAUGGACGACGAUUAUGACAGGAAAGAAAAAGAUGGAGCACACAUUAUAGACAGGGUAAAACAGGUGCAUAGAAUGGAGUCAUGAUUUCUGAACCAACGUACAGAUUGUCCAAGGUUUUGGUCCAGACAUUUCUCGCACGACCGUCUGGUGUACUCGCCUCUGCUUGCUUGGCAUCAUGCCAUCGGGUACUGGCUUAUCACUAGACCAAAAGAGACGCAAAACGUA